AUGGUGUGUCCCGCAUGUGCAGGCUCUCCGACCCUGCCGGCAUUCGACGUUCCAGAGAUGGGAGCAGCACGGCGCCAGUUCCGGUGUGGCCAGUGUUCCUUCUCGACGGUGUACAAGUGCAGCCUUAUUGUGCACCAGCGCACCCACACUGGCGAGCGGCCGUUCCAGUGCCGCCUCUGUGCGCGCACGUUUGCGCACAAGUGCAACCUCAAGAGCCACCUGCGGACGCACACGGGGGAGCGGCCCUACCGGUGUCCCCUGUGCCCGCACAGCUUCACCCAGCGAGGUGCGCUCACCGCACAUUUGCACGCGCAACACGGCGCCACCACCACCCUGCCGUCGGUGGCCACGCAGCGGCUGUCGGUCCAGCGCUGUGUGCUCUGUCCCAGACUGUUCGGCCUGCCCGAAGAGCUGAGCGCACACAUACGGGUGGCACACCCCGCUCCCUGA